UACAUGAUGAAAACAGAGGAGUCCACAUGGGGAACACUUGCAGCUGAAUGUGAAUGAAAACAGAGCUGGAUAUUUCACAUUUCUGUACCCAGAGCUCUUAAAUCUUCACUUUCCUCUCAAUUAGUUUGUUUACGUUUUAAAAAAAAAACAUGGAGGAUGUCAAUGUUAUCAAGCUACCGGAGGAUGUGAACACAGAACCGGCUAAGAAGAAGAAAAAGAAGGCUAGACUACCGAAGUUUGACCCGCUGGGAGAGGAAAAUAAACGGCAGAUAAACGUGAAGAAGCUGGCGGUGCUGGGAGAGGAGGACAGCUCGGUGAAACUGCUGGAGGAGCUGGUGUUCGGGGCGGAGGAUGAGCUGGUGGAGAGACUGGUGGAGGAGGAUGAGGAGAAGACUGUGACUCUCUUGGAGGAAGACAAAGAGGAGGAGUCAGCUGAGUCAGAGGCUGAGGAUGGAAAUCAUCUGCAGCCGAGCAAAAAAGCCCCUGUCUGGGUGGACGAGGAUGACGAGCUGGAAGAAGAGGUGGACAUGAAGCAUCGUUUCCGUAGAGACCUGAUGAAAGGAGAGGCGGAGUCAACUAUGACCAAACAGAAGCUGCAGCAGAGAAUGAGAGAGCAGUUUCAGAAGUCAAUGGGAGGAACUCCGUCAUGGGCAGACAUCAGCGACAGGAAGAAGAGGAAAGCUGCUGAUGUUGAGGAUGAAGACGAGGACGAAGAGGACGAUGAGCUCCUGAGGAGGACGGGAAACUUUGUGGCGUCUUCAGACAGUCUGCCGACCGGCAUCCUCAGGAUGAAGAAAUGCCUUCACGCUAACAGCGCCCGUCCAUCAGAGGACCGCCUCACCACCGUACAGUUCCACCCGUCCGCUCAGGUCGUCAUGACAGCUGGCCUGGACCAAUCAGUGUCCCUCUUUCAGGUGGACGGGAAGACAAACCCAAAGAUCCAGAGCAUCCACCUGGAGCGAUUCCCCGUCCACCGCGCCGCGUUCACCCCAGACGGAGAGACGGUGAUCGCCACCAGCCUGAAGAAUAAGAUGUUCUACCUGUACGACAUGAUGGAGGGCCGAGUCAUGCCCGUGCACUCAGUCAGAGGUCUGAAUGAAGCCAGAGUGAAGGAGUUCACUGUUUGUCCUGAAGGAGGCACUGUACUGCUCACUGGAACCAACGGAUACCUGCACCUGCUCACGCUUAAGACUAAGGAGGUGGUUCGCAGCAUGAAGAUAAAUGGUAACGUCUGUGGCGUCGCCUUCUCUCACGAUGGCAGCAAAGUUUUCACCAACUCAGAGGAGGGGGAGGUGUACGUAUGGGACAUGCGCAGCAGUCGGUGUAUGAACAGAUUUGCAGACGAUGGAUGUGUCAAAGGAACGUCUAUCGCUGCCUCACGGAACGGACGCUAUCUCGCCUGCGGCUCUCAGUCAGGCGUGGUCAACAUUUACUCCCAGGAGGCGUGUCUUAAUUCAACCAAUCCCAAGCCUCUGAAGGCCAUAAUGAACCUGCUGACCUCAGCGACCUCUCUGGCGUUUAAUCCUUCCUCUGAGAUUCUCGCUAUCGCCUCUAGAGUCGAGGACGAGGCAGCGCGACUGGUCCACCUGCCCAGCCUCACAGUCUUCUCAAACUUCCCCGUUGCAAAGAGGAAAAUCGUUUAUCGAGCCAGCUGCCUCGACUUCUCCCCUCACAGCGGCUUCUUCUCAUUGGCUAACAACAAAGGACACGCCCCCCUUUUCAGAUUGCUGCAUUACAAAGACUUCUGAGGAACAAAAAAACAGACCGACUGAUUUAAAGGAACAGUCCACAGUUUUUCACCCAGGGUUUUUGCUGCUCCCUACAAAUUCAGUAAACUUUUACAUUGGAUUACUUCUUAUUUCACCACAUAUCUAAACUGUAAAGUUUGUAGUCUCAGAAAGCUUAUAGUGAUGAAUUAUCAUUUAUUUGUAAAUGAUAAUCAUGGAGUAAAAGAUUAAAGGAUUUGUAGUUUUUGGGGCUAUAAUGUUAAAAAUCUCCAUGGGGUUUGGUGCAGAUGCAGCCUCAAGGAGGACAUACUGAUGGACAGAGACGCCAAGAAGAAAAAAGGCAACAACAUGAAAUAUUGUUUCUGUGACCUACAUGUUUCUAUUACCUGUAUGUUUAUGAUUGUAUAAAAACUAAAACUAC